GGUACCGCCGUCAGUACAUAAAGGAUGAGCACUGUCGGCUGUUGUGACGCAAGACGAAAGAGAAGAGCUUCCUGUCUCCCCUGUCUCUCCAAAAAUGGCGGACACGUGUGGCCAAGUACUGCUGGGAUCAGGGCUCACUGUCCUCUCCCACCCUCUGAUGUACAUCAAAGUCCUGAUCCAGGUAGGACAUGAGCCCCUCCCUCCGAGCCUGGGCAGGAACCUGUUCGGCAGACAAGUCUACCAGCUGCCAGGACUGUUUGCUUAUGCAAAACACAUCAUUAAGAUCGAUGGGAAAGCGGGUCUCUUCAACGGCCUCGGUCCGAGGCUCUGUGCCGGCACCAUCGGCACCAUUGUGCACAGCAAAGUUGUGCAGAAAUGUCAGGAACCAGGAGCAGCUCAGGCACUGGGUGGUCAGCAGAAGGCUGUGGAGGGCUCCCUACAGCAUGUUGUCAAUGAGACAACCAAAGAGAUGAUCGCUCGCUCCUGCGCCACUGUUGUCACACAUCCCUUUCAUGUGAUUACUUUGAGAUGUAUGGUCCAAUUUAUCGGGAGAGAAACAAAAUACAGUGGAGUGUUUGACUCCAUCGUCACAGUCUACAGAGAAGAAGGCAUCCUGGGCUUCUUUGCUGGUUUGAUUCCUCGCCUGCUCGGUGACGUCCUGUCUCUGUGGAUCUGUAACCUCCUGGCUCACCUCAUCAAUACGUACGCCAUCGAUGACUCGAUGAGUCACACAGGAGAAAUCAAGAACUGCUCUCAGGCUGUGACAGGGUUCUUCGCCAGUAUGCUCACGUACCCUUUUGUUUUGGUGUCAAACCUCAUGGCGGUCAAUAACUGCGGGCUUGCUGGAGGCCUGCCCCCCUAUGCAUCCGUAUAUCCCACCUGGGUGGACUGCUGGAGGCAUCUAAGCAGAGAUGGCAACAUGAGCAGAGGCAACAGUUUAUUUUUCCGGAAGCUUCCAGCAGGAAAGAUGUAUGCAAUUGAGCAGAAGAGAUUUUUUUAAAGCCUCAAGAGAACUGAGCUGAACAAAAGUUGUGAUAAUAAGAAAAAAAAAGUCAACAUUGCCUGAUCUGGGGGGUUGGACAGUCGGCACUUAAUCCUUUCUUCUUUUUUUGUAUGCACUUGUUUACUGAUUUCCUUUCUUUUCUUGACAGCCUGCACCGUGUGAAAUACAAACGCGUUCAUUUCCAGCAGGUUUUGUUAACAGAAAUUUACAGAUUAUAAGAGCAGGGUUGUAAGACAAUGAAACACAGCGUUAUUCCAUUUCUCUUUAUAAGAUCCUGCGUCAAACAACCUGUCUGAAUAAUGCUUUAGCAGACCAAUGUGAAGGCCCCCCUCUCCUGUGUUUUUUAAUCUAGAUUAUCUAUUAAUAAUGACCCCUCUUCAUCCAUGUGAUGGGAUUUGUUUGUUGAAAACAGCAUUUCAGUCUGCAUGUGGUAAUGUCUAAUAAUACACGUUAAUGAUUGAGUGGGACCUCUUGUCAUGUGGUAUCGUCUUGUGUUAAUUAUUGUGAAGCACACUGCCUGGCGGGCGUGUAGUGUUCAUGAGCAGAGGGGGAAGAGUCGGAGGUGAUGAAGGUGAUGGUGAUGUUUUUUUUGCAGCAUGUGUGGAUGUACAGAGGCAGGACGGUGAAGUCUAAGCUGACCAAACCAUCAGCCGUCUGAACGGUCAAGUGCUUGUAUCAACUCAUUCUGACUGACCCGAAUAAAACAUGCUUUUUUGACCUUG